UAGCCCUGAAUAGUUUUGUAAAAAAAGAAAAAGUCGUGGUUUUUGUUUUCUGCCUCACAAAGGACAAAAUCCUUAUAUAUCGGAAAGACGUGACGUCACGUCAGCUGAUGAAGUCACGUGAAGAAAGAGAGGAAACGCAGCAGAUAGGCAUACUCAUAGGGCAAAACAAGUGAACAUGACUACUAGCACUCUGACACAGGGUCUGGAGAGGAUCCCUGAUCAACUGGGUUAUUUGGUGAUCAGUGAGGAUGGCGUAUUGGCGUCUGCAGGAGAGCUGGAGAAUGAUGAGCACACAGCGGGGGUCAUAAUGCAGAUGAUGCGGACAGCGUGCCGCUUCAGACUGCAGGGUGCUGCUGAGCCGCCCUUCAAACGCAUGUCAGUCAUGCUAGAGGACUAUGUGUACACAGUGACCGUGUCUGGUCAGAAGGUGUUUGUUGUGAAACGUCAAAACAACCAUAGGGAACCUGUAGUGGUGUAGAACUGUGUAGUGAAGAUGAGUUGGGAGGAUGAAGGCCACCACUCCAAUCAACGCACUCACACAGGACAGGGACUCAGUAAUCCACUGAACUGUUCCGUUCCUAUUUCUAUAAGGUUUCAGAACAACAGAAGAAAGUACAUAUGAAGUUAUACUGAACAAAAAUAAAUGCAACAUGCAACAAUUUCAGAGAUUUUACUGAGUUAAAGUUCAUAGAAGGAAAUCAAUGGAAAUAAAUAAAUUAGGCCCUAAUCUAUGGAUUUCACAACUGGGCAG